UCUAAGGAGAAUGCACAAAGCCCCGGUGAUGUCAUGAAUUUUAGAAUGUUCAGAUGCUAUAAAUGUAGGACCUGACUUUAUAGAUUCAUUUGUAACCAGACCGUCACCAUGAGAGGAAGGAAAAGCAGAAAAGACUGCGGUACCGAAGAAGGAGGCAGGAUGAGAGAUCGCUCUCGGGGAAGGAGAAGAAAGAGAAGCGUGAGCAAAGAGGACACAAAGGCCCAGCAGAGUGGGGAAAAAAUGGCCGAGAAGAAGAAAGAGACUAAGAAGGUUCUAGAAAGUACCACGACUUCGGAUCAAAUCCUAGCUGACAAGCCGAAAGAGGACACCAAGAAGAUCGCCUCUGCCAUUAAAAAGACAGGGACUCCUCUGGAGAUUGAGCGCCACUGCUGGCAGCUAGACACCUGGCUGCUGGACGAGACGGACGAAUCCAAACCUCUCGUUGAGGAUCAGAUGGAGGAGCAGAUGGACAAGGAAAGUACAUCCCUCAUUCAGGCCACCAAGGGCUGCAAGCAGACUGUGCAGGAUAUGCAACAGGAAGAAGAGGAGCCUGUGAAAAGACCCCAGGCUUCCCAUCGAGUCCAGAAAGGAGGACAGAACAGAAAGGAAACCAGGAAGAUCGCAGCUGCCCUGAAAAAGGCAGAGGAUCUUCUGGAGACUGAGCGCCUCUGCUGGCUGCAGGAGAAACUCUCAUUGCUGGAGGAGAUGGAGAAAUCUGCAGCUCUCUAUGAGGCUCAGCUGGACGAGCAGAAAUGCAAGAACAAAACCCUCGCGGCUGCUCUGAAAAACGUUGAGCAGAAGCUGGAGAGUCAUCAGGUUGAGUGGCAGGAGGAAAAGAAAUCCCUCAUUCAGGCCACAGAAGGCUUCAAGAAGACUCUUCAGGAUAUGCAACAGGAAGCAAAGGAGGCUGUGGAAAGAUCUCAGGCUUCCCUUCAAGCCCAGCUCGAGGAGCAACGAGAGGAAACCAGGAAGAUCGCAGCCUCCCUGGAAAAGGCAGAGGAUCUUCUGGAGACUGAGCGCCUCUGCUGGCAGCAGGAGAAAAUCCCCCUGAUGGAGGAGAUGGAGAAAUCUGCAGCUCUCUAUGAGGCUCAGCUGGAGGAGCAGAGAUGCAAGAACAAAACCCUUGUGGCUUCUUUACGGAAUGUUGAGCAGAAGCUGGAGAGUCAUCAGAUGGAGUGGCAGCAGGAAAAGACAUCCCUCAUUCAAGCCACAGAGGAUCUCAAGAAGACGCUGCAGGAAAAGGAGCAGGACUGGGAGGAGAAAGAAAGCUCCUUGAGGUCCCAACUGGAAGAUCUCCUGAGCAAGAAGAAGAAAAAGAAGAAGUGGUACAGAUGGUUCUUAUGUUUGGCCUGAUUCAUGUUCAGGAACUGUGACUGAAUCAAACACACGCCUGAGCUAUAGGUGGUUUUCCCCGGGUGCUCCGGUUAGCCAACCUUUAUUAAAGAAGAAAUUCUUUAAUAAAAACU